AUGGCAACAUUGUCCGUCACAUUCCCCGACAACAUUCGUUCAUCUCUACGCGAUUAUAAUUUUGUCAGUGACGGACCUGUUCCCUGGGAAACCACAGUGGAGUUCGUGGUGAAAGAGAUGAUCUCUGAGUCGCUUAGCUCGAAACCCUCCGAGGACAGAAUUUCGCGCAUACUCAAAGAGGCACAGCACUACAGGAACGAACUUGUGACACUACAAGGAGAUGCUGUGCCCAGGUUCCACGGCUUCUAUCGCGGGAAAACACGGACUGGUCUGCAGGUCGCCUGUCUUUUACUGGAAGAUGGAGGAGAUUGCCUGAACGAAGAUUUCCACGAUCUACCGAUGGAAAACAGGGUUGCUAUCUUGACACAGCUAGCGAAGAUACAUCGAGCUGGAUUAUGUCACAACGGCGAAGUCGAUACACGAAACGUUGUCAUGCAUAACGGCAGGUACAAGUUUGUCGACUUCCAUUCGGCCAUUGAGCACAGUGGAUGCGAGUUCGACGUGAACAACCUUCACCCGGGCGGACCCAUACCCGAACUCUUGAGUCUUGGAUGUAUCACAAUGUGGUAUGAGUGCAGGGAUUUCCGAAUCUGGGACGAUGGUCGUAUCAGGCUGCGUCGUGGAGUAUCAUUUUUUCGGGACGAUGGAUGGCCUUCUCAAGAAAUUAUCGAUGAGUUGGAGCCGACGUUUAUCUGGAAAUGGUGUGAGGAGGCCGAGGAAGCGCUCUUCAACUACUUCAAUGUCAUGGUUGCCAAGCUCGAUAAUGGGGCAACAAUGGAGGAGCUCAAACGCAACGUUAAUGAGCAGUUCUUAGAAACUCUCAAUGGACCCACGCCCGAUUACGUCCGGUUGCCGCAGUGA